GUAGUGGCUGCUGCAUGAUGCUCAUCGAGCAAUAAAAUGCGCGUCGGACACCAGGGUUUUGGCUGAUGAGAAGAGGGCACCUGUCUGAGCUUUCCGAGGAUUUCAUUUUGCGAACAGACAGGGAUUGAGGACAGUUCACACGCGCAAGGCGCAAAAUGAGGCGAUUUGUUUUAAUAUAUAUUUUGCUCGUUGCGGAUUUUCACCCAGUCCUCAAUUCACCGAUUCUUGGAUCUAAAAAUAAUCCCAGACUUGUCAUCAAAGAUAUACUCAGUGGGGGGUUCAAAUACCAAGUCCAUCAGAACCACAGUGUGUUCUUCUACCAAGAGGACUCUGAGGAGAUGUAUGUUGGAGGGACUGAUUUUGUCUUGAAACUUGAUGCAGAUGACUAUCAUGUUAUAGAGAAAUUUUCUCUGAAAACCCCGGGGCAACAGCAGUGCAAAGAGGGCCAAUGCGAAAAUGUCAUCACAGUGAUCGAGAAGUUUCAAGACAGUCUCUUUGUCUGUGGCACAAAUGGACACAAACCACAGUGUUGGAAGCUGUUUUCUUCGGUGAACAACCAGUCAAAUGAAAUCGUGGAGAGCUAUGAGGGGACGGGCAUCUCUCCAUUUGUGUACACGCAUAACUCCAUCUCCCUCACAGUAGAGGGGGAUCUAUAUUCAGCAGCGCCUUUGGAUACAGAUGGAAGCUCAUUACAAUUCAGAAGGAAAGCUGGCAGCAGAACGAAUGUGUGGAUGUAUGACAACUGGGUCUCAGAGCCCACCUUCAUCUCUGCGUCCUGGGUGAGGCGGAGAGACGACCCUGACAACGAGAAAAUCUACAUUUUUUUCCGUGAAAAGAACUCCGAUAACAACCCGGAGGCCGAUCCCUGGAUAUCGAGGGUUGCCAGAGUCUGUAAGGUAGAUGAAGGUGGAUCAAAAAGAUUCUUCCAGAACAUAUGGACAUCUUUCCUCAAGGCCCGGCUUGUUUGUGGGUUUCCAGACGAGUCGCUCUAUUUUAACCGCCUCCAAGAUAUAUAUGUGAUGCACGCUGACGACUGGCGCGACACCAGAGUUUAUGCCCUUUUCACAAGCAGCUGGAACUCCACUGCAGUGUGCAUCUACACAAUACAAAUGAUAGAAGAUAUAUUUGAGAACUCAACUUUCAAGGGCUACGACAAUGAGAUUCCCAAACCAAGGCCAGGAACGUGUGUGAAAAACAGCAGGACCCUGCCACUGGCCACUGUCAAUAUGGUGAAGGAUUACCCAGAGAUGACUCACUGGGUUCACUCCAUACAUUAUUCCGCUCCAUUCUAUGUAAGCGGCAACAACUAUACCAAGAUAGUAGUGGACCGUGUUCUUGCAUCAGACCAGCGCAUGUAUAACAUUCUGCUUCUGGCUACUGAUUCUGGAAAGAUCCAUAAAGUCUUAGAGGCCGGAUCAGAACCUUUCAUCAUCUCUGAAACCCAACUCUCCAGCCGAUCCAGCAUUCAAUCAAUGAAGCUUGACUCCAAAAAGAAAAAAUUGGUGGUGGGUUUUUCGGAGAAAAUUUCCAUUAUGGACCUUCAGAGGUGUGAGGAGAUCAAGUCCUGUGAUGAAUGUGUUCUGGCACGGGAUCCGUACUGUGCCUGGACGAAGUCUGGAUGCACCUCGACUGUCACUGGGGGCAUUCAAAAUGUCAUUGAUGGGAAAAGAAGUGCGUGUCCUUCACCAGUCGGAGAACAAAGACAAGGAAACCGGACCAGACGAGAGACAGUUUCACCAUUACCACUGGAUUUGGGAACGACUCUCUCGGUCCCCCUGGGUAACCCUUGCUAUCUGACCUGUCCUAUAGACUCUUACCAUGCUGUCUACACCUGGGAGCACAAUGACCAGAGGAGCCCUUGUCUGCAAAUGGAGUCCAACUGCCUGCACCUCAUUCCUAAUGUGGCACAAGAGCACUAUGGCAGCUAUCGGUGUGUUUCUGAAGAGAAAAACUACACCAAAGUGGUGAGAACGUAUCAGGUUGCACAGCAAAUAAUCCAAGACACAAAUGAAAACACUGACCGAAGCAAUACCCCUUUCUUAAGAAAUGAUGCAUCAGCUGUCGUGCUGCAGAUAGUGUGGAUCACUCUUGGACUGGCUGUAACGGUGUUGGGGAUGUUCAGAUAGGGUGUGCACCAAUGACUGUUUCAACUUUACACCCCUUACUCUUUGGAAAGCUUUUCUGUUGGUCCAGCCACAUCCUCAGGCCCUUUGUCCUUGCCAUUGCUCUCAUGCCAGGACGCAGGCAGCAUUAAAGGAAAUCCACUUUAACACCAAUAAGGCCUGCAACAGCAGGAACACUCCCACCGACAACCAAAGGUCUACAGGAACAAGCCAAGUUUCAUUUUAGAAGAGAAGCCAGAACAGGAAGAGGUUGGAGUUUUUGAGGGAGAAAGCAGCAGAGGCGGUCAGCAGCUCGAAUGAUCUGAGGGGCCCCAACAGUGCCUAAUGAUGAUCAGUCAGUGAUGUCAGCAAUGUUCAUAGAGUGAGUACAUCUCAUUCCUUUGAGAUAAGGGAAAAAAGGGGAAGGUGUAGGUUGUAAUCUGGAGGAGUUCUUUGUCAAAACAGAGGCACACCUUUAAAACGUUUUGAUCAUACAUGAAAAAGCUUCAGGUCAGAGAACCAUAGAUAGAACAGUUCACAGUAAGUAGGUGUGGUGUCGGAGAAGUAAUGUGAGAACGUGUUGAGGCCAGCUUGGUCUACUAGAGGUCAGAAAAAAAAGUAAAGUUCCUGUGGACAUUUCCUCUGUGCCCCGCUCUGGUCCACUGCUGACUGAUUAUUUGUAUCAGGGUGUUUAGGGAAGGGUGGAGGCAGCAAGGGACCCUCACUGAGUUUCCCUGUUUUGUUCAGCGCUCCCACUUGUGUAACAGUCAGUGGGGAGAGAGGCGUUUGGGAAAAUGUGCA